UGCUGCAAGGUCCAUGUGCCAGCAGCUGGAUGCCCAGCACUGCACUGGGCAUAAGGGAUGGGGUCCCCUCACCCCAACAGGAGACAUCGAGGAGCAGAAGGCAAAAUGAGCAGAGCUGUUGGAGACCUUUCCUUCCUUAGCGUUUGAGACAAAAGUAGCUCAGCUCUGUCCCUCCCCUUGGUCCUGUAUUUACUUCCAGCAGUGCUUCAAACAUCUGCUCCUCCUCUCUUUUUUCCAGCCUGCAUUGCAUGUCUGUAGCAUGGUGUUAAACACAGAAAUUGCUGAGAUGAAUUCUCCAAAGACCCUUUUUCAAAAAUGCAGUGCAGCCCAGAAAAGGGGCUUGGCUUAGGCUGCUGCAGAGCCUACACUGACACCAUCUGACCGCAGUGGACUCUGAUGUACCUUCCACCUUAAAAAUCUCUGUGUGUCAGCCAAGGAGAGAAAUGUCCUCACUCCAAAUAGGGAAAACAAAUAAUCGCUGCCAAUUGGGGCAGAUGCUGUCAGCUCUGCAUCUGCAUAUCAGCUGCUGAAUGGGAAUAAAAAGCACUCCCCAAGCUCUGGGGCAUACUCCCGGCCAGGAGAAGGGCUCUGAUGGCAUUCUGGGCAGCUUUUCUCUGCACCUUGGUGGUAUUGCUGCUCGGGGGGCUCUACCUCCUGGGGGCCUUUCGGAGACGAAGACCCAAUGAGCCGCCUCUGGACAAAGGCAUCAUUCCCUGGCUGGGUUACGCACUGGAUUUCAGAAAGGACAGUUCAGGGUUUCUAAGUAAGAUGCAGAGAAAACACGGAGAUAUUUUCACAGUGCUGAUCGGAGGCUAUUACUUCACCUUUGUGAUGGACCCCUUCUGCUUUGGAGCCAUCGUGAAGGAAUCACGGUCUAAACUAGACUUUCAGACCUUUGCAAUUAAACUGGUCCUCCAGGUUUUUGGCUACAAGCCCGACGCGGCCAACCAUAGCACAGUGCGUACUUUCAGCACGAAGUAUCUGAUGGGAGAUGGACUCAGUCUCCUGACACAAGCCGCCAUGGAUAACUUCCAGAAGCUGAUGCUUUUCGAGCUGAGCUCAGGAGAGGAGAAGCGACCAUGGCAAGAGGCCGGCCUCUUCCACUACUGCUACAACAUCGUCUUCAGAGCCGGGUACCUGGCUCUGUUUGGCACAGAGUCGCACCAAAGGGCUGGGAACAGGGAGAAAGCUCACGAGCAAGACCUCAUCCACUCCAACCAGCUGUUCACCGAGUUUCGGAAGUACGACCGCCUCUUCCCCGGCCUGGCCUAUGACAUGUUGCCUCCCAAGGACAAAGUGGAAGCCGAGAGGCUUAAGAGGUUCUUCUGGGAUGCUCUGUCCGUGAGUAAGGGCUCUCAGAAGGACAACAUCAGCAGGUGGAUAAGUGAACAAGACCAGUGUUUGGCAGGAAGUGGUGUCCCUGACUACAUGCGGGACCGCUUCAGGUUUAUGAUGCUGUGGGCAUCCCAGGGCAAUACAGGCCCUACUGCCUUCUGGCUCCUCUUGUAUCUCAUGAAGCAUCCAGAAGCUAUGAAGGCUGUGAAGGGAGAGGUAGAGAAAGUCUUGAGGGAGCAUGGCCAAGAAGUGAAGCCAGGGAGCCCGCUGGUUAACAUCACCAGGGACAUGUUAGAGCAGACUCCUCUUCUGGACAGUGCUGUGGAGGAGACCCUGAGGUUGGUGGCAGCCCCAAUCCUGAUCAGAGCCGUCCUCCAGGACAUGAGCCUCAAGAUGAGUGGUGGCACAGAGUACACUCUGCGCAAAGGGGACCGGGUGGCUCUGUUCCCACACCUCUCCGUGCAGAUGAGCCCAGAAAUCCACCCUGAGCCUCACAAAUUUAAGUACGACCGCUUCGUCAACCCAGACGGCACCAAGAAAGAUUUCUACAAGAACGGCAAACGGCUGAAAUACUUCAACAUGCCUUGGGGGGCCGGUGUAUCCAUCUGUCCCGGGCGGUUCUUUGCUACAGCUGAAAUUAAAUUGUUUGUGUCCUUGAUGCUGACUCACUAUGACCUGGAGCUGGUCAAUGAUAAAGAGGAGAUCCCAGCCAUAGACUCGAGCCGCUGGGGAUUUGGAACCAUGCAGCCCGUUCACGACGUUCAGUUCAGAUACCGGCCACGCGUUUGA